AUGCCCGUCUUCUCGGUCUGGGAGUUCCCUCUGACCCCCGACAGCGCCUAUCAACAGUGCAUUGCGAAACGGCAGAUGCAAAAAUGUCAACAGCUCAGGAGCGAGGCUGACAAGAUUGCCCACGAUGCCAAUCUUCGUAUCCAAGCGUUGGAGGCUCAGGUUCAAGACCUCAUCAGUGAUCGGCAAUCAAUGGACCAGAAAUAUGCCGACCUCAACCGUCAGUUUCAGGAAAAGUGCAAGAAACAACAACAGACCCAGAGGCUUUACGACGCUAUCAAGCAAAAGGUUCUGUUGGAAAGGAUGGGAGCAGUUGCCAACAAUGACGUUGACCCCACACUUGAUUCCAUCCGUGUCAUACCGUCCCUUGACAAGGUGCAGCAUGGCCGGGAGUCAAGGCAAGGCUUCCGUGCAUCUGAACAUGGCGACACGGCAGAAAGAGUAGUUCCACACACUAGGACAAUGCCAGCAGAGCUCGAGCGCCUGCAUCCUCAUCAACGCUCCGGGGCCAGUGUCGCCGGCAGUCAGGGCGACCGCAUGAAGAUGCCACCACCAGGAGGACCGCGGGCCUCGAGGACUCGUAUGUACUCCACAACCCCAACGGCAGUUGCUGACACGUCAAGCAAACUGGAUCACCUUGGGCACAACUUUGCACAGAGCAACCUUACCAGCUAUCACUCGUCUUGA